AUGGCGAAAAAGAGCAAAAAGAAUCAACAGAACUACUGGGACGAGGAUUUCGAGGAAGAUGCUACCCAGGGCGAAGAAAUUGGCGCCACAGCAACUCCAGAUCCUGAAAGUAGCGUUAGCGUGGAUGAUGUUUCCAAAGAAGCUAGUGCAAGUGCUGAAGGAGCUGAGGCCAUUGAAAGUGACUUCAUGUCUACUUUGAAGCAAUCGAAGAAGAAGCAGGAAAAGAAGGUUAUCGAAGAGAAGAAGGACGGUAAGCCUGUACUGAAAUCUAAGAAGGAAAAGGAAAAGGAAAAAAAGGAGAAGGAGAAGCAAAAGAAGAAAGAACAAGCUGCCAGGAAGAAGGCCCAACAGCAAGCUCAAAAAGAAAAGAACAAGGAAUUGAACAAGCAGAAUGUCGAGAAAGCUGCUGCUGAAAAAUCACAGAAGUCCAAGGACGACGAUGACAAGCAAAGUACGAGCACAAAGAAACCGGCCAAGAAAGUACCUGCUGGUUUGGCUGCUUUGAGACGUCAACUUGAAUUGAAGAAACAGCUUGAAGAACAAGAAAGAUUGGAAAGAGAGGAAGAAGAAAGGUUAGAAAAAGAAGAAGAAGAAAGAUUGGCUAAUGAAGAAAAAGUGAAAGAAGAAGCUAAAGCAGCCAAGAAAGAAAAAGAAAAGGCAAAGCGUGAAAAAUUAAAGGCUGAAGGUAAAUUAUUGACAAGAAAGCAAAAGGAAGAAAAGAAACUUCUAGAGAGAAGACGUGCUGCUUUAUUGUCUUCUGGUAAUGUUAAGGUUGCCGGUUUGUCCAAAAAGGAUGGAGAAGAAACUAAACCAAAGAAGGUUGUCUACAGCAAGAAAAAGAAGAGAACCACUCAAGAAAGUGCUUCUGAAGCUACCAAAUUUGAUUCCAAAAAAGAACCUGAAGUUAUUCCAGACGAACUCAAAGAAGCUGAAGAUGUUUUGAUUGAUGAUUGGGAAAAUUUGGCUUUCGAUGAUAAUGAUGAUGAAGAAACCACUACUACACAGGAAACCACUGUAAACUAUGAAAAUGAAAAUGAAGAUGAGGAAGAUGAAGAUGCAGAAGAAGAAAAGGAAGAAGAAGAAGGAAGUCAGGUAGAGGAAGUUGUCAGAAGCACUCCAGUAGCCAUUUCAACCCCAUCCAGUACCUCUCCAAACAAAAAAGAUUUACGUUCCCCAAUUUGUUGUAUUUUGGGUCAUGUCGAUACUGGUAAGACUAAAUUGUUAGAUAAGAUUAGACAAACCAACGUUCAAGGUGGUGAAGCUGGUGGUAUUACUCAACAGAUUGGUGCCACUUAUUUCCCCAUCGAUGCUAUCAAGGCUAAAACAAAGGUUAUGGCUGAAUAUGAAAAACAAACUUUCGACGUCCCAGGUCUUCUGGUCAUCGAUACACCAGGUCACGAAUCUUUCUCCAACUUACGUUCCAGAGGUUCUUCCUUGUGUAAUAUCGCCAUUUUAGUUAUCGAUAUAAUGCAUGGUUUGGAACAACAAACUAUUGAAUCUAUCAAGCUAUUAAGGGACAGGAAAGCACCAUUUAUUGUUGCCUUGAACAAAAUUGAUAGAUUAUAUGACUGGAAAGUAAUUCCAAACAACUCCUUCAGAGACUCCUUUGCAAAACAGUCCAGAGCCGUUCAAGAGGAAUUCCAAUCUAGAUACUCUAAGAUUCAAUUGGAAUUAGCUGAACAAGGUUUGAAUUCAGAAUUAUACUUCCAAAACAAAAACAUGUCGAAGUAUGUUUCUAUUGUUCCAACAUCUGCCGUCACUGGUGAAGGUGUUCCAGAUUUAUUGUGGUUGUUAUUAGAGUUGACGCAAAAGAGAAUGUCUAAGCAAUUAAUGUAUUUAUCUCAUGUGGAAGCCACUAUUUUGGAAGUUAAAGUCGUGGAAGGUUUUGGUACCACAAUUGAUGUUAUCUUAUCCAAUGGUUAUCUAAGGGAAGGUGAUCGCAUCGUACUGUGUGGUAUGAAUGGUCCAAUCGUAACAAAUAUCAGGGCAUUAUUGACACCUCAACCAUUGCGUGAAUUACGUUUGAAAUCUGAAUACGUUCAUCACAAAGAAGUUAAGGCUGCUUUAGGUGUUAAGAUUGCCGCUAACGAUUUGGAAAAGGCCGUUUCCGGUUCUAGGUUGCUAGUUGUCGGUCCAGAAGACGACGAAGAUGAAUUGAUGGACGAUGUAAUGGACGAUUUGACUGGGUUGUUGGAUUCCGUUGACACAACCGGUAAAGGUGUUGUUGUUCAAGCAUCCACUUUGGGUUCUUUGGAAGCUUUGUUGGAUUUCUUGAAAGAUAUGAAAAUUCCUGUGAUGUCUAUUGGGCUAGGUCCAGUUUACAAGCGUGACGUUAUGAAGGCUUCAACAAUGUUGGAAAAGGCGCCAGAGUAUGCCGUAAUGUUAUGUUUUGAUGUCAAAGUGGAUAAGGAAGCUGAACAAUAUGCUGAACAAGAAGGAAUCAAAAUCUUCAAUGCCGACAUUAUCUAUCAUUUAUUCGAUUCAUUUACAGCAUACCAAGAGAAACUGUUGGAAGAGCGUCGUAAAGAUUUCCUGGACUACGCUAUUUUCCCAUGUGUCCUACAAACCUUACAAAUUAUUAACAAACGUGGUCCAAUGAUUAUCGGUGUGGAUGUUUUAGAGGGUACUUUGCGUGUGGGGACUCCUAUUUGUGCCGUGAAAACUGACCCUGUCACAAAGGAAAGGCAAACUUUAAUUUUGGGUAAAGUCAUCUCUUUAGAGAUAAACCAUCAACCUGUCCAAGAAGUCAAGAAGGGCCAAACUGCCGCUGGUGUCGCUGUUCGUCUAGAAGAUCCAUCUGGUCAACAACCUAUCUGGGGCCGUCAUGUUGACGAAAAUGAUACAUUAUACUCUUUGAUUUCAAGAAGAUCAAUUGAUACCUUAAAGGACAAAGCCUUCAGAGACCAAGUUGCCAGAUCCGACUGGUUGCUAUUGAAGAAAUUGAAGGUCGUUUUUGGUAUCGAAUGA